UCGCUGCCCCCCCAAUGGCAGGAAAGCGGAGGCGGGCGUUGCCUUACGCCGCUGCCGGGCCGGGCAUUGAGGGUGAAAUGAAAUCUAGGCCUUAAGAAUAGUAGAGUGAAGUGUGCAAAGAGAACUCAAGACUACCUGGAUGCAGAUCAUUAUGAAAAUGGCUGUGUAGGUGAAUCCCGUACUGAGGAAACGGGAGACUGAAAGUCAGUUCCUGGCUUUCUCUGCUAGGGAGCAAACUGUGAGCCUUAGUCUUCAACAUCCCAGAUGGCUGCUUAUGACAAUUCCUGGUGAUUCCUGCCCAGGUUUGAAAGAACAUCGUUCUCAGACACUCUGAAAUCUGGACUUUAUAACAGUGUACUACCUGAAGGAACAUAAGGAAUUGAUAAGUCGUAGCUUCCUCGCCAUUACUUCUUUGGCAUUUGUACCUCUUGCUUUUUCUGUGGCUUUAGAUCAAGAAACACCAUGAGCACAACUCAGCGAAAGCGCCGUGGAGGAGCAGUUAAUUCUAGGCAAGGUCGGAAACGAAACAGGCUGAUGGCUUCUACCGCAGAAAUGGCUUCAGAAGCAGAGCCAAUAGAACUUGAAGAAAGUGCUGGUGAAGAAGUAGUAGAUCUCACAUGUGAAUCUUCUGAACCUGUAGUCGUUGAUCUCACUCACAAUGAUUCUGUUGUGAUUGUUGAAGAGAAUCAACGACAAAGGAGAAAUCUUAGAUUAAGAAGCCAGCGACAGUCGGACAGCUGUGUACUGAGUAGCGAUGAUGAAGAUGAAACAAGAGAUAAUGAUGUGUAUGUGACAGAUAAAGUGUCCCGAGAAUUGGGACCACUGGAAGAUGAAACUGCAAGUUCAAAGCCGUCUGGUACCGUUAGCUGUCCGAUUUGCAUGGAUGGCUACUCGGAGAUUGUGCAAAGCGGGCGACUGAUUGUGUCAACCAAAUGCGGCCAUGUCUUCUGCAGCCAGUGCCUCCGCGAUUCCCUUCGGAAUGCUAACUCUUGCCCAACUUGCAGGAAGAAGCUCACUCACAGACAGUAUCAUCCCAUUUAUAUAUGAGUACUGCUGUUUCUCAGGACAGACGCAACCGGAUUUUUGGGGAAAAUGUCAUGCUUUCAGUGCUCUGAAGAUUUAAAGCGCAGCAGGUUGUGCACACAUCCAAAUAAAACUGGUUUUGUUGGAGAAUAACUUCUUACCUAUAUAGACAGCUUUUCUAUGGUCCAGGCUGCUUCUUGUUAUGUCACUGGUGAUGAUGUUGAGCUUAUGACUGUCUCUAAACUAGACCAGCAGCCUAUACCAGAAAGGAAGCAGCUGAUCCAUUUCCUUCUACUUUUUUAAUGCUUAACUAAGAGGGGUCUGAACCUUUUGUUAUUUCUUACUCUUUAAAUUAUUCCCACCGUCGCAUACAGAUAUGGAAUAGUUACCUCUCAAAAUGGAGAGGAACAAUUUGCCGUUUCAUUACACUUUUGGUUUUAUCCUGCAAGAAGCUCGUGACUCUGUUGCUUUCUGCUAUACCAUCUCUGGCCAAAUAGAGUAAGUUCUGUAGCGAGGGAUCAUUUUAUCAUAAAUCCAUACUAAAUUGACCACCAGGGUAAUGCAAUAAGAUAACCUGCUGUUAACCAGCAAUCCUUCUUUUUUAAGCAGAAGGCUUGAACGUAUAGAUGUCUUUAUGAACUCCAUGAGAUCUAAAGUAUGUAGACAAAUUGCAAGAUGUACAAUGUGAAAAUACUUCUUAGGAUGUUUUAACUGCCAAGAAUUCCUGUGUUUGAAUCACAACACUGAAUUUCUUUUCUACCAGGAUGAGAUGGUCUCUUGGUUUUACUACUGUUCUGUAGCGCUUUCUCCUGAUAGCUAAGGAGAGUAUAGUCUUCUCUAGGCUUGCUAGCGAUGAAUAAGAAGCAAAUAGUAUGCUUUCCUCUUGUCAGCUGAAUACCAAACUACCUACAGAUCUUCUUACUGUAUCGAGUGUACGCAGCGUAAUGCUUAAAGUUCAGCGCGUUCACUUCGCUGUUCUCUUCAGUUGUUAUCCUGACACCUGACUGGUCUUAGCCUGGUGCAUAGGAUUAAAAAUUAAAUGAUAAUUGUUUUGCCAUGGAUUUAAGAAGUGGAGGUUUUAAAAGAUGUUUGGUAGCAAUCUUGACUUGGCAGCUUUUUGAGAGAGAAGUAUAAUCUCCCUUUGCCCUGUGGGUUGUCCAGCUUUCCUUAAAUGUGCAUUUUUUAUAAGGAAGAGAAGUCAAAUACAUGUCCAAGAGAGAAUUCCUCUCUUUAAGGCAGGAAUACACAGGUUUAUGCACUGUUACCCAGUCACAUUUUUUUUUUUUCCAGGACUGAGUUAUAAAUGUCUGUUUUAAACCUGUUACAGUGAAAAUCUGUAAGCUGAUGUGGAAUCCCAGAUGAGCUGAUACAAACAGGAUUAUAGUAAUUAAAUGUAGAUGAGAUUAUUAAAACCAGUAUUUUGAAGGUUGAAUUUCGGUCUAUAAAAAAAAAAAGUCCAAAAUCAAACUCAGAUACCUUUUGGCAGUUGGUUGAUUCUGAUAAACCCUUGGAAGCAGCGUUCCAUGUUUCGGUGCAGCAUGAUUGUAGGAUGCAUUUAGUUAACAUUGAUGUGUCUUUCUAACCUGUCCUAGGGAUCUGUAGGAAGCCUUUAAUUAAAGCAGCUCUUCUGAUUAGCUGUCUCAAGUUUUGUAUUGAAGAUUGCAACCCAAAAGUAAAGGGUUUUUUAUUAGGAUGUUUAGGGAUGUUUCUGGAUGUAGUAAUACAGACAGAGUUUUGUUCCAUAAAGGCUAGCUUAAGAAAUGCAAUACCUUCCCCACCCUGGUUUGGAACAGCUUUGUUUCAGUCCUGUUCCAGGAAUGUGCAGUUUCUGCAGUGUGGCAAUACGGUAACUACUAAAAAGUUACACACCUUUAGUUACUGUGUGCUCCCAUUGGUGAUGUAAACUACAAGCAAGGACUACAGCCACCUUAGUGUAGUGUGGUGACAACAACAGCUGGCAUUCAUGUCCCAGGAAGCAUAGAAAUGAUGAAACAGUAGAAAAGAUCGCUUAAAGCAUGAAUUGUGUGAAGAGAAGCGGCCCAACAUUAAAACUGUCAAGAUGCUUCAGGGCCACAGAAUCAGCUUUCUCCCAAUAGCUUAAAGGAGGAGAAAAAAAAAAAAAAAAAAAAAAGAAAAAUUACGGCCAGUUUUCCUUGGGUGGCUACUGUGCGAGAGGGACGAUACAGAGAGGAUUGAAGGGAUUACCUCUGGGGAUGAGGGUGAGUCACGUCUCCCUGCAUCUUUCACAGUGUACUAGCCAUAGCCUAAAUGACUUUGCACAACUCCCUCCAUGUAAAUAUUACUUUAUAGUUUGUGUGUCAAUAAAUAGAUCUGAUUGAAAUUUAGGUACCGCAAACUAUAAAAUAUUUAACAAAGAAGUUUUUAGCUUUUGUGUACCCUGUGAAGUGCCACAAAUUUUGUGCAUCUCAAAAUGAAUUUUAAGUCUCAGUACAUGGGAAAAUACUAAAUUGUGCUACACACUUUUUUAGGGAAAAAAAAAAAACCCAAACCCCAAUAUAUUUGCGUUCCAGUGAUGUUUCCCAUUGGCAAGAACUGAUAAUAUCAAGUUUUUUUCAUUAUGUAAAUGUAUGUCUUGUUGUAUAUAGUUCAAUUUUUCCUGUAUUUAAUUGUAUUCCUGUCUGUCUGUCCCAUCUAUGUUGGACUCUGCUGGUAGGCAAACCGUUCUUUUAACAGGUGGAAAUAAAACUAUCAAUUUGAUCAA